UUGCUUUUCCAGAAGAUUUUACAUUUUUUAGUUUCGGAAAUCUUAAAAGAUUUUGCUAGUUGGCCAGAACGAUGUGGUGUCAGCAAGAAAUCAGCAGAUACCAAAGCUUAUGUGAUAGGAAUUGGUGGUUGCACAAAUAGUGGGAAAACAAUGCUUUCGAGAAUGCUCUCAAAUGCGCUUGUAGAAGAAGGUAUUAAAGUAGCAGUGAUUUCUCAAGAUAAAUUUUAUUAUCGCAGAGAGGAAAUCGAGCAAGUUGUAAGCCGUGCUAAUCCCGAAGUCAUAUAUUAUAACUAUGAUUCAAUAAGUGCAAUAAAUACGGUUGAAUUUAUUAUGGAAAUACAAAAACAAGCAGGAAGUAACGAUUUUGUCAUCGUUGAAGGGAACAUGAUCAUGGAAAUUGAAAAUUUGCGUCAUUUGCUCCAUCGAUCAAUUUUUAUCACACUUAGUCGUUAUUUGUGUGAAGAAAGACGAACAGGUCGUAAAUAUGAUUAUCCAGACAUGCCAGGAUAUCUAGAAGAAAUUGUCUUUCCUGCCUACAAAGACCAUCUGUCUCAUGCUUAUGUUCUUUCUCGUCAGUCAGUCGAUAUUACUUUUAUUGAUGGAAGCAGGAUAAAUUUUUAUAGCGAAUCACAAGUUAAGAAUUUGUUUUGUACGCUAACUAAAAAUCUGUUAUUGAUUCAAGACGGGGAGUUGCAGAUAUCUCAUGCAGUAAAGUUUGUCAGUACACCGAAAAGUGGAACGACGAAAGAUAAGAACAAUGGAAAAGAAGUUGCGUAUUUAGAAUACGAAGUUUAUGAAGGAAUGAUAUAUAAAGAAUUGCAAGCGUUAUGUGAUGAAGUGCGACGAAAUUAUCCGGCAGUUGAAAAAAUUGCUAUUUUUCACAGAGUCGGAAAAGUAAUGGUUGGAGAAACAUCCUUAAUUCUUGCAGUAGGUGCACCGCAUAGAAAAGAUGCGCUUGGCGGAACUGAACAAGCUCUUGAAUAUUUAAAAAGAAAUUUGCCUAUUUUUAAAAAAGAAACGUAUUUGGAUCAAACAUAUUCCUGGAUGGCAAAUAAUUGCGAGUUGAAUUAUGGUCACUGAAA